AUGGCUGCAGAAGGCGAAUCCUAUGUGCCCUUCACGGAUCACAACCCAAAACCCCACAUUUCAUCCGGCAUCCCGUUCUAUGAAGCCUGCGCGCAUCAUGUCACCAAUACUUUCAAAGCCUCGAAAGUAUACAUUAUAGUGUCCAAUUCGAUCUCGAAAACAGACAAUUUCAAGAAGCUUACGAACGCUUUGGGAGAAAAAGUCGUAGGAGUGAGAAAGGGCAUCAAGCCCCACACUCCUUGGAGUGAUGUAGUUGAGAUUGUGGAGGAAGUGAGGAGUUUAGGGGCAGAUAUUAUAGUGACUUUGGGUGCUGGAAGUCUGACUGAUGGUGCCAAGGUUGUGGCCUUCGCCUUAGCAAACGAUGUGAAGACAUCAGAAGAUCUUGGAAAACUGCCAGCAGAUCAGGAGACACCAAAUAUCAAAGCCCCAGCUCUACCUAUUAUCAACAUUCCUACCUCACUUUCUGGUGGUGAAUACUCUCCAUUCGCCGGUGCCACAGACACAAGAAACCACCACAAGGCUUCAUUUUCACAUAAAGAGCUUGGAGGAAGUCUCAUCAUCCUUGAUCCCGCUCUUUCGGUCUCAACACCCAGGCAAAUCUGGCUAUCUACUGGUAUCCGAGCUGUGGAUCAUUGUGUAGAGGGACUUUGCUCUCUCCAGCCUAAAGUUAGUGCUAAAUCUGACAAGGAAUUUGGCGAAGGUCUUAAGUUACUUGUUCCAAACUUGCUGAUUACCAGCAAAGAUUGGGAAAACGAAGAAGCAAGACUGAAGGAGAUGCUUGGCGCUCGUGCUGCCAUGGGGGCUUUGGAUCUAGGUAUUCCAAUGGGUGGUAGUCAUGGCAUUGGACACCAACUUGGACCUUUGGGCGUCGGACAUGGAGAAACUUCUUGUAUCCUUCUACCUGCAGUGUUGAAGUACAACUAUCGUCAUGGAGAUGAGAAUGUUCGAAAACCACAGCAAAAGGUUCUGGAUAUUUUGUGGGCAGAUGAGGCCGUCGUGGAAGUACUAAAGAAGCAUGGACUUGAAAAAGAGAAGGCAGAUGCGGGAGACGUUAUUGGAGCGAUCAUCACUGAACUAGGGAUGCCAAGAACAUUGAAGGAUGUUGGCGUAGGCAAAGACAAGCUGGACGCGUUGGCAGAUAACAGCCUAAAGGAUCGAUGGUUGGGAACGAAUGCCAUACCUUUAACAGAGAAGCGCCAGGUUCUUGACAUUCUAGAAAUGGUAGUUGGGGAUACAGAUUGA